UUGUGCACAGGACAGAGGUUGCAAGUACAGGGCCUGCCUUCAGAAUCCAAGUCAGAGGUCUGCUGGUUGCUUAAUAAUACUGAGAACUGCCCCAGUGUGUGUCAAGGGCACGGCCAGGCUUUCCUGCAGUUUUAUUAACUUUUCAUGUAUCAGAGGCAAAAAACGAUGGCUCUGUCCAGCUCCGCUAGUCAUUUUCUGCUUCUGGCAUCUGAUUUCUUGCCCACUUCCCAGGCCUUCCACGGAGAGGCAAGCUAGAGCCGAAUGGGAAGCCGUGACUCUAGCAGCCGGCUUUUCCUGCUGCCGCAGUUUUUUCCAGGAGAGGCAGGAUUCAGAGGCUGUUCACGGGAACAGCCCCCUGACCUUCCAGCGAAGCUAUGAUAAGCAGGCCCCUUGUCUGGAGACCCGCAGAUGAGCCUGGGUGACUCUGACAAUGACUCUGACAGAAAUGAGUUAAGCAAUGUCGUCCCUGGGGCCCACACACAGCCCAGCUCCGGAUGUGAGGCUCUGGCAGACACCGGCCUCCACAGCCACAGUCAUGGCCAACAGGACCAACGCCUCCGUCCCGUACACCAGCUAUGAAUAUUACCUGGAUUACUUAGACCUCAUUCCUGUGGAUGAAAAGAAGCUGAGAGCCAACAAGCAUUCCAUCGUCAUCGCCUUUUGGGUGAGCCUGGCAACUUUCGUGGUGCUCCUCUUCCUGAUUCUGCUCUACAUGUCCUGGUCAGGCUCCCCGCAGAUGAGACACAGGCCCCAGCCCCAUCGGAUAUGCCCAUGGAGUCACAGCCUCGACCUCCCCUUCUGCCCCAGGAGGGCCUCCCCGCAGACAACAGAGGAACCAGGAAGCAGAACUGGCUCUGAGCAAUGGUUACAGCAGCAGAGUCCCUCUGCCUCGCCCCUGGAACCAGGCUUGGGAUGGGGCUUCCCAGGGCAUCAGCUGACCUCAGGCACAAGCAAGGGGGUGUAGUGGUGAGCCCCGAGACAGAACUUCUCGACUGUGGAACUGACAAACUGAUACACUCAGAUCAACAUGGACCAUUUACAGUGGACCAAGAACCUGACCAGGUCACAGCCAAGUCUACAGGGAGGACCAUCACACACGUUCACAGUCCGGGGAGGACCAUCACUCAUGUUCACAGUCCGGGGAGGACCAUCACACACGUUCACAGUCCGGGGAGGACCAUCACACACGUUCACAGUCCGGGGAGGACCAUCACUCACGUUCACAGUCCGGGGAGGACCAUCACUCACGUUCACAGUCCAGGGAGGACCAUCACUCACGUUCACAGUCCAGGGGAGGACCAUCACUCACGUUCACAGUCCAGGGAGGACCAUCACUCACGUUCACAGUCCAGGGAGGACCAUCACUCACGUUCACAGUCCAGGGAGGACCAUCACUCACGUUCACAGUCCGGGGAGGACCAUCACUCACGUUCACAGUCCAGCUACCAUGCAGAAGCUGCCCGACACAGCUGAUUCUGUUGAAUAUGUUAAUCUGCUUGCUGCUUGCAUUUGCUUUGGGAUGCGUAGGAAAAUAAAACAUGAACCAGGAUAAAGAGUA